AUGGUACUAAAUGGUAGCGAGACUGUGUCCGUAGUUUCUACAACGGCUACUGUAAAUGGGACAGGAAGUUUAUCUGAUGGACUUGAUUGGCCUUACAUAACACUGACCGCUAUAGUAUCAUCUCUGUCAAUAUUCGGAGGACUGGGUAUAACAUUUAUUUACGUGUUAUAUAAAGAUCUACGAACACCUGGUAGACGACUAUUGGUGUACCUAUCACUAAUGGACGCGCUGACGGCUUUCGGGAAUAUUCUUGGAGUAAUAUGGCUGAUACAUCGUGACAGCUCUGUCAUUCAUAAAAGUAUGGCCUACUGUAAGAUACAGAGUGGCAUGACUAUUUAUUCUAGUAUCAGUUCGUUUUCAUGGACAGUCAUAAUGGGUUUAAGCUUGGUAUUUAGUAUUGUAAGGUCGUCACCGUCAUUUGCGUCCAAAUACAUGAAACUGUUCCAUAUUAUCAGCUGGAUUUUACCAGCUACGAUUACUAUCAUCGCUCUGUCAACCAACAUACUAGGAUAUGAUACGACUCUCGACCAACCAAGUUGGUGUUGGAUUGACCCACGAGUACCACAUGCUUUAUUUUGGCAAUUUUUCACUGGGAAAUUUUGGGAGAUAUGCACAUAUAUUGCGACUGUUGUACUGUAUUCAAUGGUAAAAGUCUUCUUGUGGAGAAAGGCAAGUCCAGUUAUAAUACAUACAAAGAAAACUCGGAAAGCAGCACUACAGGAAGCCAACUUGAAACUGACCUUUGUACCUGUCGUAUUUAUAGUAUUUAGAUUUUGGGGUACCCUUAGAUUUCUGCUGGGAUUUUUUGCUCACGACUAUGCCAGUUCUGGAGAUUCAAGAUGGAUUGCCAUACUACAAGGGAUCGGAGACAGUAUUCAAGGUUUUGCCAACUUUGUGUUUUACGUUUGUUUAACGGAACAAGUAAGAAAGCGAAUAUUUUCUUCAAUUCGACGUAAAAAACCUGAUACACAGACUAUAUUCUCGGAGACUGGUCCUUCACAUUCCAGGGUUGGAACAGUCCAAACAGAGCAUUGUAAUAAUUCCAUAAAACCACAAUAAACGUUUGGUAAACAAUGUAACUAGUUAACAUUUCCAUCAAGUCGAUCCUAUUUGUCUGUUGUGUGUAUUGUAUGCAGGUGCACAGAAGUAAGCGACACCGUACAACGUCAGCGGAAUGAAGAUUGCUAGUAGUAGAAAACUCCACUCUAGGAUAAUAGCCGUAUAAGACAAAUAAUAGCCUACUUGACAUGUUAAUUUUUCUGGAAAACUGUUAACCUUAUAAUAUAAUAUCACAGCACCUGAAAAACAAAGGGCUGAUUAUGUAAAUAAGUGUAGCAAAAUAAAAUUUAUUAAUUUUUAA